GUGAGUGUAUGAACACAGGUCAAUGCACCCCUCCCAUUAGGCGUGGAUAUAAAAGCAGACUACUGAUUUUGCUGCUUUUUCUAUCCUGUGCGUUCUUCUUUGUAUCUGGAGAGGCAGUUAGCAUCCAGAAAGCAUGGCUUUUUUAGCACCACCAGGCUACCAGCCGAUCUAUAAUCCAACCAUCCCAUAUGUGGGUCCUAUCUAUGGUGGCCUUAGGGCAGGGAUGACGCUCUAUAUCCAGGGAAAGAUUGAACAUCAUAUCAGUAGGUUCCAUGUCAAUCUGCAGUGUGGUGACAUCGAUGGAUGUGAUAUUGCUCUCCACAUUAACCCUCGUUUUGACCUCUGGGACAAAGUGGUCUUCAACACGUUCCAGAAUGGCGUCUGGGAAGGAGAGGAGAAAGUCAGACACAUGCCCUUCCGAAAGGGACACCAUUUUGAGUUGGUCAUUGUCGUCAACUCAGAGGGCUAUCAGGUGAAUGUGAAUGGACAAGAGUUAUACCUCUUUCAGCACAGAAUGCCUCUGGAAAGGGUGUGUGCCUUAGAGAUUGGAGGAGAUGUGUCCAUUGAUAAUAUCAACAUCAUUGGGGGCAUGCAAGGAAUGGUGGGAGGAUGUCCUGGAGGUGUAGUUAGUGGUGGCUAUCCAGCAGGUGGAAUGUGUGGCACGAUGGGAGGCUAUCCAGAAGGUGGAAUGCGUGGCAAUAUGGGAGGCUAUCCAGAAGGUGGAAUGUGUGGCAAUAUGGGAGGUUAUCCGGGACCUGGGUUUGGCGGAGGAAGCAUGGGGUAUUCAGGGGGAAAUCUGCCAGUGAUGGGAUUGCAGCCUAUCUUCAACCCUGGCAUUCCCUAUUCAGAUAUGAUCCCUGGUGGGAUGGUACCCAGGAGGACCAUUAUCAUUCGAGGCAUGGUGCCAUUUGGAGCUGACAGGUUUUGCAUUAAUUUUAUAGCUGGAGCCUCAAGCAACAUAGCCUUUCACCUUAACCCUCGAAUCAGUGAGGGAAUGGUCAUCCGUAACUCCCAGAUUGAUGGUUGCUGGGGUGAAGAAGAAAUAGAUCUCAACUUCAACCCCUUCCAGGAAGGACAGUACUUUGAGAUAUCCAUUCGCUGUGGUGAAGAGAAGUUUAAGGUGUUUGUAAAUGGGCAGCACAUGUGUAACUUCUAUCACCGUUUCCAGCCUUACAAUCAGAUUGAUAUGCUGGAGGUGAAGGGAGAUGUCCAGCUCUCAUACAUCCACUUUUGAGUCUGCCUUCUAAGUGUAUUUUGCAUUGUUCCUGUUUUUGCUUUUAGGAACGUCUGUGUAAUGGACAUUACUGAAACUUGUUUUAUUAUCCACAAAUCAAUAAAUAAUGUAUCCUUAA